GGGCACGAAACGGGGGAAUUUGCAUUUAGCAGCAGAAGGCGGAGGGAGAGGGAGGAGGAAAUUUGCUUCUCUCUCGAUAUCACCGAUCCAAUUCCAAGCAUAUACGUAUACAUGAGUAUACAUAUCUAUUGCUCUUCUCUCUAUUAUUAGUUGGUUUAUGCAUUGACUUAGGGCUUUUAGGCUUUAAUUUCUUGGAUCGAAUAUUUCAAGUGGGAUUUAUCAUUGGACGAUGGUUUUCCCUGUUCUUGUUUAACUUAAAUUAUCGUGUUCGAAUUUAGUGUUUGUUCCUUUCAAUUUCAAUCUUAGCUUUCUCCUUCACAGCCUUCCCAUCCCUCGUAUUUCUACCCAUAUAAUUGUUUCCUGCUCGAUCUUAAUCCUCCUUUUAUUCCACUGCAAUUGUAAUUAGAGCAAUAAAAUCAUCAGAUAGGAACCAUAAUUAGGGCAAUUAAAUCAUCAGAAAGGAAGAGAUAGCAGGUGCGCUAUCAAAGUUUCGAGUAUUAUCAGACGUUUCUGUGCAUAGAUGGCGCUGCAAGAAAAAUUAGAUAGAUUCAAGAAGCAACAAGAGAAGUGCCAGUCGACCCUCACCAGCAUUGCAGCCAAAGCAGGGCCUUCUAAAUCUGCUUCAAUUCAAAAACGUACACCUGUAGCUGCAUCACCAUUAACAAAUCCUAGGACUCCAGGUCCACCUGUCAAAUUUUCAAAUGACACAGAGAGACUACAACACAUCAACAGUAUUCGGAAAGGCCCUGUUGGAGCUCAGAUCAAGCGUGUUAUAGACCUGCUGCUAGAGACAAGGCAAGCUUUUACACCCGAACAAAUAAAUGAAGCAUGUUAUGUUGAUGUGAACUCCAACAAAGCUGUAUUUGACAGUUUGAGGAACAACCCAAAAGUGAACUAUGAUGGGAAGCGCUUCUCUUACAAGUCCAAGCAUGAUUUGAAGGACAAGAAUCAGCUACUUGUCUUGAUACGGAAAUUUCCUGAGGGCAUUGCUGUCAUUGAUCUCAAGGAUGCAUACCCAACUGUGAUGGAGGAUUUGCAGGCUUUGAAAGCUGCUGGCCAGAUAUGGUUGCUAUCAAACUUUGAUUCACAGGAGGAUAUUGCAUACCCAAAUGACCCCAGGGCAGUUAUUAAGGUGGAUGAUGAACUUAAACAGCUCUUUCGGGGGAUUGAAUUGCCUCGUGAUAUGCUUGACAUUGAGAAGGAUCUACAGAAGAAUGGCAUGAAACCUGCCACAAACACGGCAAAGAGGAGGGCUGCAGCCCAGGUGCAGGGCAUUUCCUCCAAGCCAAAGAUAAAGAAGAAGAAACAUGAGAUCAGCAAGAGGACUAAGCUGACAAAUGCACAUCUUCCAGAGCUUUUUCGAAACCUUGGUUCUUAGAAUUUUUUAGCUAUAUCAAGUUGUUUAGCUGGCCAUAUGCUGAAGAUCAUAUAUGGGCUGAGGAAUGCCGUAUUCUUUGUAGGGAUGAGCUUGCAAACUUGCAGAAAUGGAAUUGGUCAAGUUCAUAGUUAUGUGUCCCUGCUCAGUCAGCUUUCCACAUUUGUUAAUCAUAUUUGUAUCAGUGAUUUUGGCAUAUUCAUGUGAUUUAAAUGCAAAACUUUAGCAAAAUUCCUUUCAUAUUAAA